AUGCUUUCAAUAAAAAAACCCUUUGCCUACCUCCAUCCAGGCAAAAGUUAUCCUUCGACAAGCAUCUCUACGCCGGAGCUGUGGCAAACGCUGGACCAUAUUACACACGAACAGGCCGUCCGUUCUGCCGAGGUGAGAAAACAAAAACAAGAGGAGAAAUACAAGAAGAUCUCUCCACAGACUGGAUCCACACUUCCAACACACACAGUGAAGAACCUCAACAGUCACGUCCUGUCCCCAUCCAAAGUGUCUCUACUUUCAAAAGGACAUAAUUUUGCUGUCACCCCCACAAGCAUUCCUACAGAAGAAAUUAUCAGCCAAAUUGAGACGGCUAUCUUCUGCCUCCCACCCGAAGCAAGCAACGACAUUAGACAACGAGCAGUCAAUAUCCUCCGCAAGGCUAAACCACCCAGCCAAAACAUCAGCAGAAAAGAACGCUUGGCACUCCGGAAUUUGAAACAGAACAACAACAUUCUAAUUCUACCGGCAGAUAAAGGAAAUGUAGUAAUGUACAAAGAAGAUUAUUGUAAUAAGAUCAAUGUUAUGCUCUCGGAUGGCAGCGUUUAUAGAAAACUGAAACGGAACCCAACAUCCUCCAUAGAGAAAAAAACAUCCGUUCUGCUCAAGAAUUCAGGCCUCCCUCCUGAAAUUAUCAAAUACCUUAUCCCCCGGGAAUUGUCGGCUCCCAGAUUCUACGGUCUCCCCAAGAUUCACAAGGAAUCGAUUCUCCUUUGCCCUAUCGUUAGCAAUAUCGGGGGACCCUCCUACCAGUUGGCCCGCUACCUCACCAAACCACUUCAAAAACUUACUGGUCACAAUGGAUCUAACAUCAAGAAUUCUAUUGAUUUUGUGAAAAAAAUUACAAAGAUCAAAACGAAACCCAAUGACAUCCUGAUAAGUUUUGAUGUAGUUUCAUUGUUCACAAAUGUCCCGGUCCAGGAUACUUUCAAGGAGAGUUCUUUGAACAAACCUCUGGAGCCGCAAUGGGAUCCCGUUUCACCCAUUAUUGCGAACAUUUUCAUGGAACAUCUCGAUGGCAAAAUUCUGAAAAACGCACCCCUCAAACCUUCCACGUGGUUCCGAUACGUAGAUAACACAUUUGUUAUAUGGAGCCACGGCAAAGAAACUCUCCCACCCUUCUUCGCUUUUCUCAACGCCCAACACCCAAACAUUAAGUUUACAAUGGAGGUAGAACAGAAAAACCAAAUUCUCUUCCUAGACGUGUUGGUUCGAAGAAACGGAGAUGGUACCUUAGGCCAUCGGGUUUACCGAAAACCAACCCACACUGACCGAUAUCUUUACGCAACCUCCCAUCACCAUCCUUCACAAAAGAAUUCAGUUAUCAGCUCAUUGGUAUACAGAGCCCUCACAGUUUCUGAACCAACGUUCCUGGAUGAGGAGUUACAACAUUUUUAUCAGACCUUGAUUAGGAAUGGGUACAACAGCAAGAACAUUAAUCAGAUAACCAAGAGAUUGAAGAACAAGAUCUCCAGUCCCAACGACACCGAAAAUCUGGAUGAAGAAAGAGAAAUGAAAAUGACGGCUGUCCUUCCGUACCUUCAAGGUACAACAAAGCGCAUAGGCAGAAUUUUGAGUAAGCAUAACAUCAGAGUAAUCUUCAAACUUCAGAAGAAAAUUGCUCAAUUACUCCCUAACCCCAAGGAUCAAAGACCAAGCCUGGAAACACCAGGUGUGUACAAGAUCCUUUGCGUCUGCGGAAAAGUGUACAUAGUAGAAACUGGGAGAAAGAUCGAUACACGGAUCAAGGAACACCAGAGGUGUGCCAAAUACAGCCACUUUUCACAAUCAGCCUUGGCGGAACAUUGGAUAGAGACUGGACAUGCCGUGCAGUAUGAUAAGCCUACCAUGUUGGCCCCGUCACAAGGCUACUUCGCCAGAAAUUAUCGGGAAGGUCUGGAAAUCUUGAAACAUCCUGACAACCUCAACCGCGACAAAGGCCUUUAA